AUGCAGCAGCAGCAGCAGCAGAGAUGCAGCAGCAGCAGCGACAGAGAUGUAGCAGCAGCAGCAACAGAGAUGCAGCAGCAGCAGCAGCAGAGAUGCAGCAGCAGCAGCCGCAUCACGGGAAUAGCGGCACAGCAGCUGCAGCAGCAGCUGCAGCAGCAGCUGCAGCUGCAGCAGCAGCAGCUGCAGCUGCAGCAGCAGCAGCUGCAGCAGCAGCAGCAGCUGCGGGUCUCGAAUGGUCCAUGGCCUCUUUUUGUCCCCCCCUCCCCAGCUGUAUGUACAGCUCGGGGCAUUAUUGGCUCCUUCAGAAAGGCCCCAAACUAA